ACGUGUGGCGGUAUCGGCUAUAAAUAAAGGGGUCUCUCUUAUGUUCUAAGUUUGAAGCGGCGCCACCAUAGUUGGUGUAGCUAGCGAGGGAGGGAUAUAGGGGGAAGCGUUUAUUCAUUCAUUAAGAUGGCAUCGGAGCUUCAAUUGCCCCCAGGCUUCAGAUUCCAUCCAACGGACCAGGAGCUGGUGUUGCACUAUCUCUGCCGUAAAUGCGCAUCGCAGCCUAUCGCCGUUCCCAUCAUCGCCGAAAUCGACCUCUACAAAUACGACCCCUGGGACCUACCCGGAUUGGCUUCCUACGGAGAGAAAGAGUGGUACUUCUUUUCACCACGGGACCGGAAAUACCCGAACGGUUCCAGGCCGAACCGGGCGGCGGGAACCGGUUACUGGAAGGCAACCGGGGCGGAUAAGCCCAUUGGCCACCCCAAACCGGUUGGGAUAAAAAAAGCUUUGGUGUUUUACGCAGGGAAAGCUCCGAAAGGGGACAAGAGCAAUUGGAUCAUGCACGAGUAUCGUCUCGCCGAUGUAGAUCGCUCCGUUCGUAAAAAGAACAGCCUAAGGUUAGAUGAUUGGGUGCUUUGCCGUAUUUACAACAAGAAGGGCACGAUCGAGAAGUUCCAACCAAGCAGCGAUGUUGUUGUUAGCCGAAAAAUGGAAUCAUCGGAGAUCGAAGACAGGAAGCCGGAGAUUCUGAAAAGCGGAGGAGGUUGUCUUCUGCCGCCGGUUCCGCCGCCGCAAUCGAAGGCGGCGGCGAAGACGGAUUACAUGUACUUCGACCCGUCGGAUUCAAUCCCGAAGCUGCACACGGACUCGAGCUGUUCGGAGCACGUGGUAUCGCCGGAAUUCGCGAGCGAGGUGCAGAGCGAGCCAAAGUGGAAGGAGUGGGAGAAAAGCCUCGAGUUUCCGUUUAAUUACGUGGAUGCCACUCUGAACAACAGCAACAGCUUCACGACGCAAUUCCAGGGCAAUAAUCAGAUGAUGUCGCCGCUGCAGGACAUGUUCAUGUACUGGCCCAACAAGCCCUUCUGAACAAACCGAUCCACGCCGCCCAUUCGCAUUUGCACGGUAGCACGAGACUCAAGGUCUAUGAGUGUGCCUGUGCGACCACACACAGACGAUUAUUUAUCAAGUUAGCUUAGCUAGGGCAAAGAAAGAUAAAAACAUUGAAGCUGGAAACGCAUGUGUUUGUUGGGUCCACCGUCUGCACCGGUUCUUUUUGGUGUUUUGCUAUGUGACGACGACGACGACGACGAUGACGAUCCAACGGUGCAUGUUUGUUGACCUGUCCCUAGUAGUAGUAGCAUGUGUACAGCUAUUGUAUGUAGAAUGUAGAUAGGUACACUACUACACGUUGUUGUCAUGUGAUCAUAGAAGCUCUCUUACCGGGAAAAAUAAAAAUUGAUAGAAGGAUGGAAGGUGUAUUUGGACCUUCCCUAAUUAAUAUUUGUUGAAUUAUUAUCAUUAGUAUGUGUUACAUCUAAUUUAGUAGGUGCUCCUUUCUCUUGUUUUUUAGGUCCUUUUUAAUCGAGUAUCGUGAUAUCCUACUGUGUGUUUACUUUUUU